AUUGCCGGGACUUUGCAGCAGGGAAGCAGAAAGAAAUACUCGGAAUUGAAGAGCUGAAACACUGCCUUGGAGUAUCUGAAACGAGAACUCGAACCGGACGGGAUCUUCCUCUCUUUAUCUUGUAUAAACGGCAGAGAAACACGUAGACGGCAAAAGCGAAAAGCGCACAGGAGUUACUAUAGCGACGGACGCUGCGAAUUGUAAUGAAAUCUAGUCACUAAUAUUUUGCAAGAGCGUUGGAUUUUUUCUGGUUUCAACAAUCGAUUUUAUUUUACGGAAGUUCUGGUACCAGAAGCAUCGGCCCACCCCACCCAACCAUAAAAUUAAAAACAAUGUAAGUCUUGAUCUUACAUCGAGGUCCCCUUGAAUACACAAUAGCUGACGGUUAUGAACCACCCACACGGUCUCAGAACAAGGAAGUCCAACUGCGCCUCAGUCUUGCGAGUGCCUUCAUAUAUUCUGUCUAUAAAUGUAUAUGGAAAACGAUCUCGCCCUUCUAUCAGAGGUACUGUACUGCAAAGAGUGGAGAAGUGGAAUAUGUUCAGGUCUUACAUCGUCUACAGAAUCGUCAAGCGUGAUUACGUUUCCUGAACUUGUUGCUGGUGGACUGGAAGCUCUAUUGAGGGACUCUCCUGUCACUGAUCCGAUGUCAGACGCGCAACAUCCAGCCUGGUUUUGAGUCAGGAGCGACCCGUUUCUCUCCAGCCACCCACCCAUCCCGGUCAGAUCGCAGUGAAUCGCUAAGGAUGGCAGCAGGGGUAGCAGCCUGGCUGCCGUUCGCCCGGGCGGCGGCUAUCGGGUGGAUGCCGGUGGCUAGCCACCCCAUGCCCGCCGCCCCCAGCGACAGAAAGCGGCCGCAGGACGGGCUGGUCAUCCUCAACGUGAGCGGCAGGCGCUUCCAGACGUGGCGGAGCACUCUGGAGAGGUACCCUGACACCUUGCUGGGCAGUUCGGAGAAGGACUUCUUCUACAACGACGAGAUCAGAGAGUAUUUCUUCGACCGCGACCCGGACAUCUUCAGGAACAUCUUGAAUUUCUACCGCACCGGCAAGCUGCACUACCCGAGGCACGAGUGCAUCUCGGCUUACGACGAGGAGCUCUCCUUCUUCGGCAUCAUCCCCGAGAUCAUCGGCGACUGCUGCUAUGAGGAGUACAAGGACCGAAAGCGCGAAAACGUCGAGCGCAUCAUGGACGACGCCGAGGACGAGCUGAGCGGCGAGAACCGCCUGCCGUCCCUGACGGCGCGCCAGAAGGUGUGGCGGGCUUUCGAGAACCCGCACACCAGCACCCUGGCGCUUGUGCUCUACUACGUCACCGGCUUCUUCAUCGCCGUCUCGGUGAUGGCCAACGUGGUGGAGACAGUGCCGUGCGGCGCCAUGCCGGGGAGCGUCAAGGAGCUGCCGUGCGGCGAGCGCUACGCCCUGGCCUUCUUCUGCCUCGACACGGCAUGCGUCAUGAUCUUCACCGUCGAGUACCUGCUGCGCCUCAUGGCGGCCCCCAGCCGCUACCGCUUCGUCCGCAGUGUCAUGAGCAUCAUUGACGUGGUGGCCAUCAUGCCCUACUAUAUCGGCCUGGUGAUGACCGACAACGAGGACGUGAGCGGCGCCUUCGUCACCCUGCGGGUCUUCAGGGUCUUCAGGAUAUUUAAAUUCUCCCGCCACUCACAGGGCCUGCGCAUCCUGGGCUACACCCUCAAGAGUUGCGCCUCCGAGCUCGGCUUUCUCCUCUUCUCCCUCACCAUGGCCAUUAUCAUCUUCGCCACGGUUAUGUUUUACGCCGAGAAGGGUUCCAGUGCCACCAAGUUCACCAGCAUCCCGGCUGCUUUCUGGUACACCAUUGUCACCAUGACCACUCUGGGGUAUGGGGACAUGGUACCAAAGACCAUUGCUGGGAAGAUUUUUGGAUCUAUCUGCUCUUUGAGCGGUGUGUUAGUCAUUGCCUUACCUGUGCCCGUGAUUGUCUCAAACUUCAGUCGCAUCUAUCAUCAGAACCAACGGGCAGAUAAACGCAAGGCGCAGAAGAAAGCCAGACUAGCAAGAAUCCGUGCAGCAAAGAGUGGGAGUGCAAAUGCUUAUAUGCAGAGCAAGCACAAUGGCUUACUAACUGAUUCACUGGAGCAGAUGUCUAAUGAUGAAGAACAAGCCCUAGUUAGCAAGUCAGGAUCUUCAUUUCAGAGGCAACAUCAUCACCUCUUACACUGUCUGGAGAAAACUACGGGAUUGUCCUAUCUUGAGGAUGAUCCCCUCUUAUCAAUUCGGUCUUCAACGUCCAUUAAGAAUCACGAUUUUGUGGAUGAACAAACGUACGAGGAGAACUGUCUAGAAGAAUCCACAAGAAAUCGAUCAAAUUCGCACAGUCCUUCUCUCUCCUCUCAACGUGGUUUAACUGGAACAUGUUGCUCCAGGCGAAGCAAAAAACCUUUCCGUCUCCCAAAUUCAAAUACUUCUUGCAGUCGUCCGGGAAACGUACAGGAACUCAGUACUAUUCAGAUUCGAUGUUUGCACGAGAGUGGGCUCUCCAACAGCCGAUCCAGUUUGAAUGCAAAGUUAGAAGAAAGUGUCAAACUAAAUUGUGAGCAAUCAUAUGUAACAACGGCGGUAAUAAGCAUGCCCAGUCCUCUUAUCGCAACAUCCGAAGGAGAUGACAGGCCUGACUCUCCAGAACAAGCUGAAAGCAACAUUGUAAAAGUGUCAGCACUGUAAAAAUCUUACUGCGUCAAAAAUCUUACCACGUCAAAUGUGAGCCUGGAAAGUCACCUGUGUUGUUCCUGCUAUUGAAGAAGUAGGAAAGAACAUCACAGACUGGAGAGCAACUGGAGAACAUCAGCGCUUUCCCAGAUAGUUUUUGCAUUGUGAAGUCCAUGACAACACUGAUCAUCGCACUGAAGAUAUUUAUCAGUGACGUUUGACCUCAGAGUUAUGUAACAUUGAUAGUGAGAUGAGCAAAAGGAGGUAACAUUAAGCUUGAAAACAAUUCUGCAAUAAUCACUUUGCAGUUGAGCACAAUGAGACAUUUCCACUUAUGCUACAUGUUCCACCCCAAAGGCUUGUUUUAUUAUAAAGUACACGUGAACUGGAAAAGUGUGCAUGGGGGAGGAACAGCAAAAUCAACUUUCAGAACUUUUCAUCUUUACAGCAACAAUGAAUACAGCAAAAGUAAAACAAACCUGUUUAAUUUAGAAAAUAAUUGUUAGCAGUGGAUUGAAGACUGACAUAUUUUAAAUUAAACAAAGAUGACAAAAAUGCAUGUUGAAUACUCCUUGAGGCAUUACCUAGCAUUCAUUGUUUUUCAAUACAGUGGGCACGUACAAUACUUCACCAAGAUCAGGAUCUGUUGUUAGAGGGAACUGUAUAGGGUACCUUGGAACCUUUGCUAGUUGGCCAUUAGUCACUGAAAGACUGUUUAGUUAAUACGAGAUGGAAAAAUAAUUGUAGCAAUGAGCUUUGAUUGCUGGUUUAUAUUAAUAGUUUACACUACAAUAAAACCUUGUGAAUAAUACACCUCAAAUUCAAAAUGUUGUAUUGAGGCUAACACAGCUAGAAUAGCUGCACCCAAAUUUCUUUCUAAACUGUUUUUUCCUAUAUAAGCUUGUCUUUUGUUGCUUAUAGCAAGUGCAAGCAAUUUUCAGGCAAGCACUUGAAUGAGUGAACUUUAAUUGAUGUGUACUACAGAUUUUAUCCUUCUUCUUUGCAGCUGCAGUAAGACUAAAAGACUGCUCUUUCUGCAUGGACUCCGAGAUUUAUAUGGAAUUUAGUGGAUGGUUAUUCAGCAAGCUAUGUGCUCCAAUCAUCUGUAGCUAUGGAAGUUGUUCUUCUUGCUAUAUAUAUAUAUAUAGAUAUAUAUAUGUAUAUUUUUGAGUCAGUACCUUUAAAAGUACUAAUUUUCAGUAUUAGGUACAAUGUUUUUAAUUGGGGAUUUUGAGUGUGGUAAUAUUUAAAUACUUAGACAAGUUAUUUUCCUUAAAAUGACACUGUAAAGUAUUUUGGAGAGCAGAAUGUCCUUUACUCUCAGCCACAGUUCCAAGGAAAGUGAACCAUUUUCUGCAUGCUCAAUAGAGAGAGCAUGUUUUAAUGGAGUAAAGCUCUCCCCACCUCCCUAUACCCCAGGGUAAAAAAAACAAAUGAUACAGUGCUUCAAGCAAUGACAGCAGCUUCAAGCUUGCAUGAAGUUCUGAGGCAAGGCUGUAAACCUUCCUCUAUAUUAUUUUUCUUUUUGUAAUGCCAUUGUAUUUAAACUAAUAUCAAGUUUACAAGUGUGAACAAUAAUGGUGUGCUGUCAAAAAGGGUAGGGUACUUGGAAAGAAAAAUUAAAAGAUGCUGAGGUUUUGUUCUUGUUUUCCAUAGAUUGGGUUCUGGCUGAAGCACUGGAAUACUUAUACAGCAAUACUUAUGGAAACAUCUGAAAAAUAUUUGGUUGUAAACAAAAAAAAAUACUUGCUUCCUACUGAAUUUUCCCAUAUACACCCAUGUAUUACUUAUGCCAAGUUUCCCUUUAAAUUUCUUUUAUUCUAUUUCUGAGCAGUUUCUAUAAUAGUGCCCUUAAAGUUGUGUUGUAAGAGUGACUCAGAAAUCUGUCAGAUUUACUGUCCUGGGUUGUAAAAUGACCAUUACAGUGUGCAAUGCUCUGUGCUGUAAAUUAGUUGUAACUUUGUAGUGUAUCAUAUGAGUUCAACAACUUUGCUGUUUUGUAUUUAAACAGCUUUCAUAGGUUUCACUUUAAUGAAGCAGCAUAAUUUGCCACCUAUUAUGCUCUUAAAAAAAAAUAAAACGUGUGCAUGCUUCAGUUGGAAGAGUUGGUAUUGUAACUGGCAGUAAUGCUUGAUAAAUGAACAGCAUUCAUUUUCUUAACUACUUGAAGGUUAAAUCUGUAAACUAUCCAUAGGUAAAUUGUCCAGACCAGAUAGUAUACGAAUGAUGCAAGAUAAAGUAUUUCUGGAGACAAUUGUGCAAUUGGAAAAUAGAAUGUAAUGCAUAGAACGUACAGUGGUAAAGAGAAUAGCUGAGCUAAGCAACUUCACCUGUAAUAUAUACAUGGAAAGAUGUCGUUGAAAUGGGAGUAUUCAAUAGAAUAAGGGAUCAAAAAUUGUGUAUUUACAUAGUUUUUGAAAACAAAGGUACAUUAGAGACAAUAAGAAACAUAAAAUGAUUCCCAUGUAUGAAAGUUGAGAUUAAAAUGUUUUAAUUUUUGAGCACGUGUUUUCUGUCACUUCAGUAAUGUAUUAUUCAAUGAAAGCCAGUUGUUUCCCACAAAAUAACUUGUUUCUUU